AUGUCGUCGUCGCUCUUGCAGGCGUACCCUCAAAUGACGCUGGUGCCCGGGGCAGGCCUCUUUGGCCUGGGUGCGUAUGCGUUCUCGACCAUCGCGCCGCUGUGGGCCUUUGCGUUCUUUGGCCCGCUGAUUCGGCGGUACUGUCCGGACGGCUUCACGCUGGCCGAGUUUGUGCGGCGCCGAUUCGGGUGGCCGAUCGGCAUUUUCAGUGCGCUCGUGUUUCUGGGCUUUAUGUUUUGCUUCAUGAUUGUGGAGCUGAAUACGUACAGUGUCAUUGUGCGGACCAUCCAGCCUGACAUGAACAAGGUGGUGCCGCCGCUGGUGAUUGCGCUGACGACGACGAUUUACACGACGUACGGCGGAUUCAAGGCGUCGCUGUGGACGGACAAUUUUAAUGCGAUUGUCGUCAUUGUCUUUAUCAUCAUUGGCUCGGUCAUGUUCAGCAAGAAGCUGUCGAUCGACAAGGACUUGAUGCACGAGAGUGGCAUGCUGGGCGCGCACCGUCUGGGUGGCGAGCUGUGGUACAUUCUCACGAUCUCGAUCGUCUUUUCACAGAUGUUCAACCAGGGCUUUUGGCAGCGGGCCUUUGCGUCGCGCACGAACGGCGGCCUGUACCUGAGUGUGGCUUUGGCGACGCUGCCGCUGUUUGCGAUUGUGUUCCUGGUCGGCAUGGCGGGCCCGCUGGCGUACUGGUCGCACGCGCAGCCGCCGAUCAACACGAGCGAUGCGGAUGCGUACGACGACGGCUCGAAUGCUCUGUUUCGUGCGUUGCUGUACAUGCCCAAGUGGGUGCAUGGCCUGGUCCUGGUGUUGACGGGUGUGCUGUCGUCGAGUGCGUACGAUACGUUUCAGUCGGCUAUGAUCAGUGUGAUUGAGAGCGACUUGCUGCUGAGCCGCGUCAACAUUUGGUGGUGCCGCCUCUUUCUCAUUGCGCUCAAUGUGCCGUGUGUCGCGCUUGCCGUGAUUGACAUUGACAUUCUGCAGGUGUUUCUCGUGGCCGACCUGGCGGGCUUGGCCGUGAUUCCGUCCGUGUUUUUGGGUCUGUCGCGCCGCCUGGCUGUGCUGAAUGGCUUCGAUCUCGUCGUGGGCGGAUGCGGCGGCUUUUUGACCGUGUUUGUGUUUGGCACAAUUUACUACCACGGCGAUGCGAUCGAGGGCGGCAGCCUGAUUGGGCUCCCGAAUGGCCUGUAUGGCGACCCUGACGACUACAGCGUCAUUGGGGCGUUUCUCGCGGCGCCGCUGGGCAGUAUGGGCUUCACGCUGGGGUCGUGUGCGACGCGGAUCUGUCUCGGCUGGCUGUAUGCGCGUGCGACGAACCAGCCGUUCACGAUGCUCGAUCGGCAGCAGAUCGACAUCCAGGACUGUGUGACCGAUGCCGAUCGGACCGGCGCGUUCAUGGGCAAGGUAAGCAAUCCGCUGGACGGACACCGUCUCGAGGACGGGCCGGACAAGGACUUUGACAUGCGCAUGCAUGCGGCGGAGCCGCACUUGAUUUCGCACGUCUUGCACCGCGUCGGCUUUGGCAAGGACAGCAGCCACAGCAGCGACGCGUCCGACAAGCACUCGGACGUUGACGUCGAGCACACGAUAGAAGAUAGGGUAUCAUGA